CGGCGGCCGCUGGCGGGCAUUGACCAUGGCGUCCCCUGCCAUCGGACAGCGUCCCUACCCGCUUCUCCUAGACCCCGAGCCGCCGCGGUAUCUGCAGAGCUUAGGUGGCACCGAGCCGCCGUCGCCCGCCCGGCCGCGCCGCUGCAUCCCCGCGACCCUGGUCCCCGCGUCCGGGGCGUCAGAGGGGCGCAGCGGCCGAAGGGCUGCCCGGGGGGACCCCGAGCCCACGCCCCGAGACUGCCGACCCGCUCGCCCUGUCCGGCCCGGUCUGCAGCAGAGACUGCGGCGGCGGCCUGGCUCGCAUCGACCCCGCGACGUGCGGAGCAUCUUCGAGCAGCCACAGGAUCCUCGCGUCCUGACCGAGAGAGGCGAGGGGCACCGUUUCGCGGAACUGGCACUGCGGGGCGGCCCGGGCUGGUGUGACCUGUGCGGACGAGAGGUGCUGCGGCAGGCACUGCGCUGCGCUAACUGUAAAUUCACCUGCCACCCAGAGUGCCGCAGCCUGAUCCAGCUGGACUGCAGACAGAAGGAGGGCCCUGCCCUGGAUGGACGCUCUCCAGAGAGCACCCUUACCCCUCCCUUCAGCCAGAAUGUCUGUAAGGCAGUGGAGGAGACACAGCACCCGCCCACGCUCCAGGAGAUCAAGCAGAAGAUUGACAGCUAUAACAGCCGGGAGAAGCACUGCCUGGGCAUGAAGCUGAGUGAAGAUGGCACCUACACGGGCUUCAUCAAAGUGCAUUUGAAACUCCGACGACCCGUGACGGUACCUGCUGGGAUCCGACCCCAGUCUAUCUACGAUGCCAUUAAGGAAGUGAACCCUGCAGCCACCACAGAUAAGCGGACGUCCUUCUACCUGCCACUUGACGCCAUCAAGCAGCUACACAUCAGCAGCACCACCACCGUCAGCGAGGUCAUCCAGGGGCUGCUCAAGAAAUUCAUGGUCGUGGACAACCCGCAGAAGUUUGCGCUUUUUAAGCGGAUACACAAAGACGGACAAGUGCUCUUCCAGAAACUCUCCAUUGCUGACUGCCCUCUCCACCUGCGUCUGCUGGCGGGGCCUGACACUGAUGUCCUCAGCUUUGUGCUAAAGGAGAACGAAACUGGAGAGGUAGAGUGGGACGCCUUUUCCAUUCCUGAGCUCCAGAACUUCUUAACUAUCCUAGAAAAAGAAGAGCAGGACAAAAUCCAGCAAGUGCAGAAGAAGUACAACAAGUUCCGACAGAAACUGGAGGAGGCGCUACGGGAGUCCCAGGGGAAGCCUGGGUAACCUCCUCCUGUCCUCAGUGCCCUCUGAUUUAUUUUAUUAUUUUGCAACAGACAUUUAUUCUCCAGACACCUCUGGGUCCACUUGUGCCUGCCCAGCAGUUGACAGAUGUGGCACAAAGUCUCUUCCACAAAGUGUCUGUGCAGGGUUCGAUUCCUGCCAACCCACCGCGCCAUGACGCCAUGACUCUGCAGAGACUCCACCUGGGUCAGAACAAACAAUGUUUACCCCGCCCAACUGCCGGCCUUUCACAAACCAAAUCGUUGCCUCUCUGGCCAAACUCCAAUCAAUCACAGCAGCCGGCGAAAGGGAAGAAAGGUUUUAGAGCGCUGUGCUCUUUCUCUGGAUUCAAUCCUUCAGUUCCUCUUCUUUGCCACCUACAGUAUCUUUAUUUAUGGGUCAAAUGUGGCGUCUUCAUUUAGCUAAGUCCUUGGAAGCAGGGAAAUGCUCAUGAAGGACUGUCCUCCUCGCCCCCAGGUGCCUCCCCUUCACUAGGACUAGACACUCAGGGUUAACCUGAGAUUUCCAGAUGCUACAGCCUGACCAGGCCUGUCACCCCCCAGGCUGUGCACAUGCAAACCCAAAGGCAUAUUCGUACAUCUGUGUGGUAUUUCAGCAUGUCUCUGUCCGAUGUUUGUUAAGUCCUGAAUUUAAUGUUGUCAUCCUCAUGGAUUUCUACCAAAGGGAAACCAGCCACUUCACACUUUUAGUUUCCUGCUGAGUCGCCAGAAAGUACCGCAGAGAAGCUCAUCCAAGCUGUCUACAGCCCACCUACAGCUAGGACCUCUUGUCUACUCCUCAGCCUCCAGCUCUGCCUCCAUCCUCUCCAGCUGCUGCCUGAGGAGUAGCCUUGAUUACUUACAGUGGCAGGGUCCUUUCAGUUGCAAGGCAUGGUCUGCUUGCAGCACGGCGUCCAGCAAGCCUGUGGGCCCGACCUCCCUGGUGACUUCAGUGCCUUUUUGUUUCAGAGAGAAGAGUAGGGCAUGUUUGCAGCAAGCUCUGCUGCUGGCCUGCCCAGGGCAGGAAGUGGACAAUGGUGGUGUAGAAAUGAGGGCAGGGGAGUCCUCGAUGCACACAGUGAUGACCACACACCUUUGCCAUCAAGCUUCCUGAUCAGGCUCUGACUUCGAAGAUGUAAUCUUGUUAAACCACACUGGCAGCAUCAGAUUCUGACUCCAGCUCGCUGAUGAGUUCAAAACUGAAAACAUCAGCCAGGACUGCAAAGACCCUCGCUCAAGACAGAGGGAGAAAAACUUGUCCCUUUCAAAGAAGGCCGGGGUUCCAAUCUGGCCUCAGGAGGAGACCACUUUCUUGUUGCCCUUGCCUUUCCACACCCCUCGGGUUGCUUAAGCCCAAGCUUCUUCGUGUAGCCGCAAAGUCCCCUCCCUAGCUCAGGCUAGUCCCUACCGCUCCUGUCCCAGAGGAAUGCUGGGUCCUUGUCAUUCAGUCUUCAGAGCUGACAAAGCAACACGAGCUAGCAACUCUGUGAGGCUGUGCAUGCCACCAACCCUGGCCAUCUGCCAUCUUGUGUGCAGCCUUAUCUCUUCCCUCCCCACUGUGUAUUACAGGGACAGACGGAAAGUCAUUCCCUUCACCCUGCAUGUCUGUAGCAUAGGAGAAGGCAUGGCUCCUGCUGCAAACACUGUGAAUGCUGCUGAGACCUCCCUCCGUGGAUGCUAUUUUAUUUUUGAGAAGAAGAAAAGGUCAUGUAUAUAUAUAUAUAUACAAAUAUAUGUGUGUAUAUACACAUAGAGGCAUAUAGCUAUAUAUAAAGGUUUAUUCAGAAAAUUAUGGUAAAAUUGAGACUUUAAGCACAGUUGGACUCAGGGCCUCUUCUGAGGUUGAGCCCCUGGGAAGGGUUGGUCAGGUUCCUUCAGCCCCAGAGCUGGGUGUAACUGCUGGUAGUGCCUUCUAUGGUUGUAUUACUCCAUGGGUGUUUGUUUUGAGAACAUUUUCCUUCUAAAUGUUUUUUCUUAUAUAUGUUUUUUAAUGAGUAAUAAAGGCUUACUGCAAAAACAA